AUGUCGCAGCAGCAGCGGUCACUUCCGCAGGCGCCGUGGAGUUCGUUUGCCGCGGCGAGCAAACGUCCGAAGCAACCUCGGCAACCUGCACUCUCCGUGCGACCCGUGAACGUCGCCGCGCAGUCCAUUGCGCAGACGACAAAAAAGAAAUCUUUGUUUGAACUGGCGUACAAGGAAACAUUGGCGCAGCUCGAACUGUUGGAGCAGAAACUUAGGCAACAGUCGCUUGUUUCCCUUCAGUUAGAACGCAAUACACUGGAGUACUACUACACCAAUACCAUUUGCCUCGAGGGCCACGACGGCGAGGAGGUCCUACAGCAGAACGGUGGCUGGCAUCAUUAUUAUUUCACUAGUGCCGUUUCCAAGGCAAGACACGAGCGUCGAGAACGACGCGCACGUGAAGAGCAACAACUACAGGAGGAACGCCGAAAAGUGCAACUGCUUGAGCAGGAUGUUCGCGAUCACAUUAUUAAUGGCACACUCGCAGAAGAACGGGAUGCAGUGAAGCGGAGCGAGGAUGAAAACGUUGAACUACAGCAGCAACUCACACAGAAGCUGGCGGAGGCUGCAGUCUGUAGCAAGAGUUUGCAAGAUUAUGAGGAGCGGCAGCGAGUGAUGCAGCAGGAGCGUGCGGAGAGCAUGCGGAGGAUUCAGCGUUUGAAAGAGGAAAAACAGAAACAGAUGGAGAAUGUAGACGCCACGCGUUUGGUGCUUAGCAAGGAGCGUGAGGAACUAGAGGCGGCGCAGGCAGAGUUGAAAAGGAGAGAAAAGGUUGUGAGUGAUCUAAGAGAAACGAUUGCACGACUUUCACGAAAGCGAAGGCAGCGUGAAUGA